AUGAUAUGCUUUUCUGCAUAUCUUCCACGAAUUAGAAAACAAAGCAGUUCGCCAAAGAGUGAAGAGGCUGACAUAAGUUUUGCUAACUUCGAGGAGUUUCGGAAUACAAUUUCUUGUGAGAUUUCAAUGCAUUCAUACGGUAAAAGAAUUUGCCAAGCAUUCACACCGAGGACGAGGCUCAUGCGUUUUCUUGUGACUGUAAAGUGA